ACCAACCAGUUGGAAUGAGGACUUUGAGAAAACAAAUCGUUUUUAUGUUAUUAAAGGAGAUGAUCAUUUUAAUCUGACCAUUUUAAAGGUAAAGCCUUCAGACACAGCAACGUAUUUCUGUGUAGUCUCGUCAUAUCACAUGAUUGGAAUGGGUGCAGGAUCCAGAUUAUUUGUCAGAGAUGCAGCCAUAGGUAGAAACACAACUCUUCAGCAGUCUUUGACAGACACGCUUCAUACAGGGGAUUCUGUGAGUUUGCAGUGCAGCCUCUUCACUGAGAGUUGUGCAGGAGAACACAGUGUCUACUGGUUCAGACAAAGCUCAGGAGAAUCUCAAGGAGUGCUUUACACAAAAGGAGAGAGAAAUGGUCAGUGUGAGAACAGCACUGAGUCUCAAACACAGAGCUGUGUCUACAGCCUCUUCAACAGCAAUGUCAGUCACUCUGAUGCUGGGAUUUACUACUGUGCUGUUGCCGCAUGUGGAGAGAUACUGUUUGGAAAAGGAACUGAACUAAAUUUUAGAGUCUGCUGCUCUGAUGUGGAUGUUGUUCAGGAGGAUAAUGUAAAAAUAGUUAGAGCUGGAGAGGAUGUGAACUUUACUUGCACAUUUUCAAAUGUUCUGCAAGCGACAAAAGCAUGGAUUAAACAGACGGCUGAUGGAAAAUCCUUACAAAUUGUCUCUUCAUAUUUAAAUCAACCAACUAGUUGGAAUGAGGACUUUGAGAAAACAAAUCGUUUUUAUGUUAUUAAAGGAGAUGAUCAUUUUAAUCUGACCAUUUUAAAGGUAAAGCCUUCAGACACAGCAACGUAUUUCUGUGUAGUCUCGUCAUAUCACAUGAUUGGAAUGGGUGCAGGAUCCAGAUUAUUUGUCAGAGAUGCAGCCAUAGGUAGAAACACAACUCUUCAGCAGUCUUUGACAGACACGCUUCAUACAGGGGAUUCUGUGAGUUUGCAGUGCAGCCUCUUCACUGAGAGUUGUGCAGGAGAACACAGUGUCUACUGGUUCAGACAAAGCUCAGGAGAAUCUCAAGGAGUGCUUUACACAAAAGGAGAGAGAAAUGGUCAGUGUGAGAACAGCACUGAAUCUCAAACACAGAGCUGUGUCUACAGUCUCUUCAACAGCAAUGUCAGUCACUCCGAUGCUGGGAUUUACUACUGUGCUGUGGCCGCAUGUGGAGAGAUACUGUUUGGAAAAGGAACUGAACUAAAUUUUAGAGAGAACGGUUAUGUGAAUCCAACUCUUCCUGCUCUUGGAAUUUUAAACAUCAUUUUUUUGGCCCUUGUUGUUUUUCUGGGAAUAAAACUAUGCAUGGGUCAGAAUAAAGCACCCAAACCUCCGGAGAGUCUAAAUGAAGACACGCUGAAUUAUGCAGCCAUUAGUUUUAGUCAGAAACCUCUGAACACUAGAAGAGCCAAAGAAAAGAUCAGUCAGGACCAGUCUCUGUACGCACAGGUCAGAUCACACCAGUUACAUUCAGAGCUUUAGAGGAAUAUUUGAAAUGUUUCCAUCCAAUAUGUUGUCUCAUAAAAAAAAAAAAACUAUUUGGUUACAUACAUUUAACUUAUCAAAAACAAUUUGUCAAUUCUACUUAUCUUCAAAGUAUAGCCAAGGAUUUUUUUGUGUAAUUAAUUAUCACUGCUGACACACAUUUGAUUUUCAUUUGAAUUUGGUAGCAAUUACAAACAUACUGGGCAAAUAUUUUCUAAAAGACCCCUGUAAUGUAUUAUAGUUGAAUCUAUAAUUCCUAUAAGGAUCAUGUCCAGGGUUUUUUCCUAAGAGUUAAAAUAAAGAGUUUUGUUAUACCUCAGAUAACAGUAGUUUUUACACACACACACACACACACACACACACACACA